GCACGCCGUUCAAGAACAGCCACCGACCGCAGCAUCGGUCCCGACAGGCCACCAAUUCCCCCCUUCGUCGUGAAUGCCCCCCCAAGCCCGACCGAUGGCGUCCGGCUGGUCCAUGCCCUACUCGGCAUCGCUGCUUCCCCAAGGUCAAAUAAUACGCGCGCUUCCGAUCUCAUUUAAUUAAACGGCUCACGUUCGCGCCUGCCACGGCUUGGGUCUCCUUUUCACCAUCCCAGCGUUAUUUCCACCUUGAUUAUUAUUUCUCGCAGCCGCUCCUUCCUCCCCAUCCAUCGACUGCUGCUCCGACUUGUCCAUCCCCAUCCCGGCCACAGAACCGUAUCUCUCCCUCUCUGUCUAUUCUCUCUGCUUCUCGUCCCUCCUUAUCUCAGCCCGCCAGCUUGGUCUUAACCCGCUUAUUCCGUACUCUUUUUGUAAUUGCCUUUGAACCUGUCCACAAGCCGCAAUCGAGUUUCUCGCUGAACUAUUCAUCAUCAUGUAUAUGCUCAAGUCUGUUGUCAGCAUUGCGCUGUUCACCGCAUAUGCUAUUGCGCAGAGCACUCUCCAGUUCACUUCUACACCACAAACUGUCCAAGCCGGCCAGAGCUAUACUCUGACGUGGACCGGUGGUGACUCCACUCAGCCCGUCACCAUCCUCCUUCGUAACGGUGAUCCAUCCGACCUCCAAACAAUUGGAACUCUGACCACCACCGCUACUGGCGGCUCCUUUACUUGGACUGUUGACCCCUCGAUUGCCGACUCAAACCAGUACGCUUUCGAGAUUGUUCAAGGGAGCGAGACAAACUACUCCAAUCAAUUCACUGUCACAGGCGGCUCUGGCACGCUUUCUAGCGCCACAGGCACUGCUACUAUUUCUGCCUCUGCUUCAGCAUCAGCCUCGGCCUCGGCCGCUGCAUCUACCACUGAGUCUUCUAGCGGCACCUCGUCCACAACCGAAUCUUCUUCUGCCUCUGCCUCUGCAUCUUCCACCACGCUUUCGUCUGCGGCUGCUUCGACCACAUCUACGACAUCUUCAGCCAAAACGUCUGCAACUGCGGCAACAUCUGCCCCAUCGAGCGGUGCUAGCGGCCUCCAGAGCCCAAUUGCGCUCAUCCUUGGUGCUGUGGCAGCUAUGCUCUCUUUCGCAUAAGCGGGUUAGCCUCUCGGGUCUAUGCAGUUUAGGCAUUGAAGUUGGUUUGGUAUUUUGACGGCGUGAGUCAAGAUCGAGGCCGCGGAGCCACAUCUCACCGUGGAGAUCAAUCACAUACGUGCUGUCUAGUGUUUAGUGUUUGUUUCCCGUAGCGAACAAUAAAUGCUCCGGAAAAGCGACUUUUUUUCAUA